AAAGGAUGCAGAAAAAGGAAUUUCGGCCGGACACGACAAAAUAGCAGAAAACUCUCCGUUCGCUGCAGGAGAAAGGGGAGAAAGUCGGGAAGGAAGGCCGGGGCGGGAGUUUAGGGUUAAUCGUGGUCGAGAACACAAGGACAGGGACAGGGCCAAGGCCUUGGGCGAUGCAGAGGCAGAGCACGCGGAGAGGAGAACGAGAGCGAGCACGAGCACGAGCAAUAAAGAGACAGGGGAAUAUCCGUCGGAGAGCGUGGCAAUCCGAGCGCCCGGGUUCUUCAGUUUUUUUGAACGAGAAUUUUGUGCGAAUUUCGCUGCAGCUCGUGACAGUUUGCGCUCGGCUCGCGCCGGACGCAUGUUUUCUGUCGAUCGAUGCCGUAUGACUUGACUUGACUUGACUUGACUGCCCGUCUCGUCUGGCGGGGUCGCUCGAGGGAGAGAAAGGAAGGAAGGAAGAAAGGAAGAAGCGAGGGGCGAGAAUUCGCGCAAAGCGGAAUUUGAAUUUCUCGUGCAUGAUCGAUAGAGAUGGGUUGGGGCGAUGCCCUUGCUGAUGUUAUUGCUGUCAUUACAGUUGCGGGUGCGCGUCGGCGAGGAGAAUUGGUGGAUCUUCAAGGCUCGGACGAGCGAGUUCUCUCCGUGUCUCACGAGGUGGAGUUUCUUUCGGAUUGUUGACAGCCGGUAGGGAGGGAUUAGGGAUCUUUCGAGGCAAUUGUGAUCGCUUGGUUGGGGAAACGUCCGUUCGUGAUCUCGAAAUCUGUUCAAGAUGGCGGUGGCAGGGCCUGGACAACUCAAUUUGGACGAAACGCCGAAUUGGGGGUCAAGAAGUGUCGACUGUUUUGAGAAAAUUGAGCAAAUUGGAGAGGGCACUUACGGACAAGUCUAUAUGGCCAAGGAAAAGGCUACUGGAGAGAUAGUGGCGCUGAAGAAAGUCCGUAUGGACAAUGAGAAAGAAGGAUUUCCGAUUACGGCUAUUCGAGAAAUCAAAAUUUUGAAGAAACUCAAGCACGCCAAUGUUAUCAAGCUCAAGGAGAUAGUCACAUCGAGGGGAGACAAGAUGGAAAACGAUUUUCUUGGGCCUGAAAAAGAAGAUGGAGCCAAACCUGUGGACGAUAACAAAUUCAAGGGGAGCAUAUACAUGGUCUUUGAAUACAUGGACCAUGAUCUCACUGGAUUGUCGGAUCGUCCAGGAAUGCGAUUUACUGUUCCACAAAUCAAGUGCUACAUGAAGCAGUUGUUAACUGGGCUUCAUUACUGUCAUAUCAAUCAAGUCCUUCAUCGGGAUAUUAAAGGGUCCAAUCUUCUCAUCGACAACAAUGGAAAUCUGAAGCUCGCCGAUUUUGGACUAGCACGUUCUUUUACUAAUGACAACAAUGGUCAGCCGCUGACGAACAGGGUGAUCACUCUGUGGUACAGGCCUCCAGAGCUUCUGAUGGGGUCCACGCGGUAUAGCCCAGCAGUGGAUAUGUGGUCUGUUGGGUGUAUCUUCGCUGAGCUUCUUCAUGGGAAGCCCAUACUACCAGGCAGAACUGAGAUUGAACAGCUCACGAAGAUCUUUGAACUCUGUGGCUCACCUGAUGAAUCGAUCUGGCCGGGUGUCUCGAAGCUAACUUAUUUUCAUAAAUUCAAACCUGAAAGACCCAUGAAGCGACGGGUCAAGGAUGUUUUUAAACAUUUUGAUCGAAAUGCGCUUGAACUUUUGGAACGCAUGCUUACAUUGGAUCCUGCCCAGAGAGUAACAGCGAAGGAUGCACUAGACGGCGAGUACUUCUGGGUGGAUCCUUUGCCUUGUCUUCCAAGCAGCCUUCCAAAGUAUGAAGCAUCACAUGAGUUUCAAACGAAGAAGAAGAGACAACAACAGAGACAACAACAGGAGGAGCUAGCCAAGAGGCAGAAGACACAACAUCAACAGGCACAUCAUCAGCGCCUCCCCGUUGCUCAAGGUGGACAUGGUCCAAGAUCAGCACCAAGUCAACCCUCCCAUGGUCCACCACCUGCAAUUCCAUCGGGACCAGGACAUCACUAUGGUGCUGGGGCUCGAGGACCUGGUGGACCCCCAGGCCGACAUUUGAACCAAGGACGUCCUCCCGCUGGUGGCAAUCCAGGCGGCUACGGUGCUAACCGAGGUGGUCCUGCCGGUCCUUAUGGUAUCCCUCCUCCACAAGGCGGAGGGUACACUGCACCUCCGGGGAUGCCCGGUCAAGCGGGAAGAGCUCCAGGAACUUAUGGUGCUGGUUACCCACAAGGUGGUGGCUAUGGUGGUGGACGUGGGCUACCUAUGGGUAGUGGGAGAGGUCAGCAAUAUGGAAUGCCGAACUCUGGAGUUUUACCUCAAGGUCCCGGCAACUUUGGUGGUCAGCAGUAUAUGCCACAACAGCCUCCGAAUUCGUAUAUUGAUGUAGAUGGACAGUACGCGCGGGCAAAUCACUCCGGGUUUGGAGCGCCGCCACCAGGUUCUCCUCACAGGGGAGAUUAUAGACAGCAGCAACAGCAACAGCGGUAGGAUCUUUGUUUGCCUAGUUACGUGAAUAUCAAGAGUCAAAGUCACGUAAGGGAUCGACGCCAACUAUGUGAAAUCGUCCCACCUCAUUCUGCGUCUCAAGGACAAGGAGUGUAAUACAAAAGCUGUACCAGCGAUAGUCACAUUUGUAUGUAAUACCAAAUCAGACGAUAAUUAGGAGCAAAAUGAGUCCGUAUUUUGAGAUGUUAAACACAAUGUGCAUAGUGGGAGCUCGAGCACCAGGUCCUCCUGCCAAUGCUCCUAGUGUUGUCACCAGCAGGUUUCUUUCCGUUGCCUUCAUACGCGGUUUGGUACGGUGGAAACAGAGAGAGACUGAAACUGCUCAAUUCUUGUGAGUAUUUGCGGCAGUGUACCAGAGGCCAAAGUUAAUCUCCACUCGAGGUGUACUCCUUGCAAGGGGUGUAGGCAUCAGCGGGCUGCAGACUUGCGUUUUGAAUCUGCAUAUUAUUCUCCUGUAAAGAUAGCUGCAUGGGUGUAAUUUGGCCAUACCCAGUUUGUAGAAUAGGCUUAGAACAAAAACCCAGCCCUUCGAAGGGGAACGGUUGAGAAUCAUUAUAUGGGAGUUCGAGAACCCGCAACUAUCUUGACGUUUCAAUAGAUGAGAAGUUAGCUCUUCGACUUUUGUUUGGUUCCAACCUGUGUACAACUUUUGCCUACAAAUCUUCGACUCGUUCUUGGUCUGUUUGGUGGAGUUUGACAUUAGUAAAUGUUUGUGGCACAGCUG